GACAGCAGCAGCAGCAGCAGCAGUAGCAACAAGCCGCUGCUGCUGCGCCUCGCCGUGAAGUCGGGCGGCUGCAGCGGCCUCAGCUACGCCUUGGAGAAGAUCGAGCAGAGCGACUUGCGCGCAGAAGACCACGUGGAGAGCUUCGACUUCGGAGUGUCUUUUGCAAUUGAUCCGAUUUCUUUCUUUUAUGUCUUCGGCACUGAACUCGUAUACUCCCGAGACCUCAUGGGCGGUGGCUUCAAGUGA